CACACAAACAACCAUUAAAACCUCGAUAACAUGAGAAAGCUCAAAAAAUCAGUGGCGAACAAAACAGAAUCGGAUGUGCAUUUUCAGUGACUUAAGGAUCACUCUGUUUUCAUUGAAACGAUACAAUAAUAGUUCAAAAAUCAAACAUUUCAAAUAAUCGGACACAAAUUCCCAAACGAUGGUCAUUUCGUGUGCGGUGAAAACAUGUCGGAACCACAACAAAAACUGCGAUCUGAGCUUCUUCACCUUCCCGCAGUUGGGCCAAGCGAGAAGCACCAAGGAGCAAGAGAAGCUCAUCUCGAUGCGGCUGGCUAUGUGGCGGAAGGCCUCCGGAUACCAGAAACUCAUGAAUCGGAGUGCCCGGAUCUGCGCCAAACACUUCGUUAGUGGGAAACCGGCCAAGCUGGACGAACCGGGCAGUAUCGAUUGGGUGCCUUCGCUUCACCUGCCGGAACAGCCUUCGUCCAAGAUUCAGGGAGCGGAUGCGGAUGUUGUCGCCGCCGAGAAGAAGAAGGCCGACGAAAUUUUGAAACACAAAACGAUUUGCAGUAUCAAAAAUUGCACCAGCAACAAGGCACCCAGCUGGAAGACCAAAAUCUAUCCAUUUCCGAAACUGGAUACCUCAAAUUACGUGCGGCGCGUGUUGUCUGAAAAACGGCUCCUGAUAUGGUGCCAAAUGUUGGAUCAGUCCACCCAGUGGGACAAAGUGGAGCUUUGCAAAUUGCAGCUAUGUAGUUUACAUUUUGCCUCUGGAACUAUGGCGGAAUUGACCGAUGUAGAAAACGUGGAUUGGAUUCCAACGGUGAACAUGGUGAAGAAAAUUCAAUUCCAUGAUCACGUCUCCUUUUUUGAUCUGUACAAUUUGAUAUCGUUGGUGAAAGACACGGCCACAACGGGAAAUUGCGUGACAAUCGACACAUACAGCGCACCUCAGCGAUAUACAAAUGCUGCGAGCACUAUCGAUUUGGCAGAACCAACUGUACCGGAGCCGCCAAAACUCCCGGGACCGAAGAUUUCCGUUGGCCUGAAAUGUAUUCUUUGUCUUGCGUCCACGGCGCUGAAACCGUUGAACAAGGAAAGCCGGAAAGACAUUGACCUACUCUUCAAAAACAAACUACAAGUUGAAAGCGAGUUGAUCUGUGCUAUGUGUAGUAGAUCCGUUUAUGAAUUCUCCACAUUCUACGAAAAAGUCCUUGCAAGUCAAGAAAAGGCCACACGAGGAAAAGUGAGAACUAUCAUAAGAAUGGAUCAAGGAAAAUCGCAGAAGCGAGCAGCCCCAGGCGAAAUAUCCUCAGAACCAGCCGAGAAGAAAAUCCGAUCGGCUAAGGAGAAAGGAGUAAAGUUGUUCAAUGUACUCGUGUCGAACGAAUUCCAGUGUAAAUUGUGUUUCGUUACGCUAGCCACCAAGAAAGGGCUCAAUGACCACCUGUACCUUGCACAUAAGGUAAAGAUCAAUUGCAAGCUUUGUAAAGAAAGUUAUUCUCCCGAAGGAUAUACCAGCCACAAAGCUGACUGUUUAGCACGAAUCAAAGCGAAGCGACAAGCCCAAAAAGCAGCCUCAGCAGCUGUCGCUAGUACCAGCAUAGUCAAACCGACAGUGGUGACCGCAGUAGUUAUUCCACCGGAUACUAGUGAAAAGCAUUCCUGCUAUAUCUGCAAAGAAUUUUACACGCCUAGUGAAAUGAUUGCCCAUGUAAAAUCGCACGGUAUUGAUACGGUGCCUAAGCAGGACGCGAUGAAGGACUACGAAGCGUGUAAGCAGUGUAACAAGGCAGUCCGAAAACAGAACAUGAGUCGGCACAUGGAAGCACACGAAAGCCAUCGCAAUCAAAUGAGGAAGCUCAUCAAGGAGCAGGAGGAAAAGCAACGCUUCCAGUGCUCCAUUUGCUUGUUGGAAUUUAGAACAAUGGCCCUAAUGGAGAAACACAAAGAAAAGCAUAAACUUGUCACCAUGGAGGACAAGAUCGAGUGCCCGGACUGCAAUAAAGUUAUGACGGCUAAAUACUUCAAAUAUCACGUGAUGAUGGUACACAACAACGAGCAAAUCCCUUGCGAUAAAUGCGGCAAACUUUUCAGCAGAUUCGGUCUCAAAGCCCAUCGUGCGACAACCUGUAGCGAUGACGGGAUGGUUGCUUGUGAGCAUUGUGGUAAAACAAUGAGAGCACAUUUACUGAAGGGUCACAUUUCCAAAGUACAUUCAACAAAGACUGCGAAAUGUCGAUUUUGUCCAAAGGAGUACACUAGCAGAGAGUACGCUACGAGUCACGAAAGGUGGUCCCACCGGAAGGAAUGGGAGGAAAAGAAACGCGAAGGUGUUAAGCGCUUGGAUCUAGAUCGGGAACAGCUGGAGGAAGUUCUUGGCAUUAAAGCUAAUUCCAACGAGGAAGAGGACAGCGCUACCUGUCCAGUCUGUUUGAAUAUCCAUGGCACAAAAUCGUACAUCGAGGCACAUGUGCGAAAAUCUCAUUUUUCCGAGUACAUGUCCAUGGUGAUGGGAGGCGUCAUCGUGAGCAGUGGCGACAACGCUGCAGAGGAUUUCGAUGCUGCGCAGUACAUUAGUGAAGUACUGGGGUCGAGUAAUACGGAGACGGACGCAAUGUAAGGUAGGAUUCGUUGAUUUUAUAAGAGGAAUAUAAACUAGAUGUACAUGUA